AUGUCUUUGGUGUACUUUGAUAUCACCUAUCAGGACCGCAGUGGCAGCACCGUCCCCUGGGGCCAAAUCGUUUUCCAGCUCUAUGAUCAAGUUGUCCCCAAGACAGCUGGCAACUUCCGCGCCCUCUCAACCGGCGAGCAAGGCUUUGGUUUUGCCGGUUCGAAGUUCCACCGUGUGAUUUCCGGAUUCAUGGCACAGGGUGGUGAUUUCACUCGAGGAAAUGGAACCGGUGGCAGAUCGAUCUACGGCGAGAAGUUUGAAGAUGAGAACUUCAACUUGCGACACGAUAAACCCUUCCUUCUUUCUAUGGCGAAUGCCGGUCCCAACACCAAUGGCUCGCAGUUCUUCAUUACAUUCGCUCCUACCCCUCACCUAGACGGCAAGCACGUUGUUUUCGGAGAGGUCGUCGAAGGACACCAAAUCGUCCAACAAAUGGAAUCAAAGAGCUUGGACAGAUCCGGUACCACAGAUGGUACCAUUAUCAUUGCCCAAUCGGGAGCUCUCUAA